GAUCUGUGAGAGGUUCCCGCUCAAACUCGGACAAGCUCCCGCCAUUUUCAAACUUUUGGGGGUUUUGCGUGUGCUGCUAUCAAACAAAGUAAUUUUCUUGAUCACCAUGCCGUUAUUAGGGAAAAAGCUGUUUGUCCUGAAAAAGACAUCCUCGCCUAAAGAUGAUAGCAAAGUUGUGUACGUCAUACAACAUACGAAUGAAAAGUUUGCAUCAGAGAAGGAAUUUAACGAGCGAGUUAAAUUGUAUAAUGAUAAGAUAUGGACAUGUCAAUGCACCGGGCGCGUCAAUCUGACACACAAACAAGCGAUGGAGUCAGAGGCUGCUGCAAGACUUGUGCUUAAGGAGAGCUUCUCACCCGUGUUCGAAAAGCCUGUAUUAGAGCUGUCACAUCACAGCACGUCCUCAUUAGAUACACUCGUUGACACAUGCAGUGACGCACUCUAUGCGUUAUUUGUCGUCGGUGAGGAAGUGUCUUUCAAAGUCCAAAUGACGGAAGCAGUAAUUCAAGGCAGGAUUGUACAGGCAUUACCAAACAGAGGAGGGACAGCAUCACAAAAGUCUGCUGAAAAUGGAAGCAAUAGUAGUUCCCCAGCAAGUGACAAGGAAAACUCUGACCAUACAUAUGGCAAAUCUUCUUUGAACAGUCCAUCCAAAAAGGGAGCAGCUAAGCUAUUGAUGGCGUACCAUUACAAUGUACAGCUGAGGGACAAGAUAAUCAGUGGUGUGCCAGCAAGUGAGCUCAGUCGCAUUGAAAAAGUUCCGAACAAGGAUACAAUACGGUUAUUCAUUCGUGCAAAUGCCGUUCGAUUUGGAACAUCUGCCAAAGCCCCGUGGGUUGUGGAGGAAAAGCUUGUGAAGAAAUAUGGGAUCCCAGGCAAAUUUGCUGAUUUUCUCGUCUCUCCAUCCAAGAUGGCUGAACUCGGAGACAAGUCCGUAGCGUUAUCGAAAGCUAAAGCUAAUGCUAAGACCACUGACGGUAGCAAGAAGCAGCCAAAGAAGAGGCUAAACAUGGGCAAGGGUGUGACAAAAACUCGAGUAAAGGCUAACAACAAGGCAUCCUCACCUAUCAAAUAUUCAUCUAUGAAAAAAGUAUCAGUCAGUAUCAACAGAGUGGCACUGGUUCCCAGAAAGUCGCCUGCAAAAAAAUCUCAGACAUCUGCAGGAAAAUCUCCAGAGAAAACGGCAAAGAAGUUGGGAACACCUGUGAAAAGUCCUAAGAAAAAUGAGAAAUCCCCCUCUAAAAAAUUGGUAAAGAAGGUCGCGUCUACUGUAUCAAAAGCGAAAGCCAAGAACAAGAAAAAACCAGGGAAACAAGUGAAGGAAAAACAAAAAGAAAAUGAGAGAAAGAGGAAGUCGGUGGCAAAGGGGAAAGCAUCUCCUUCCAAGAAAAGUGCGACUGAGUCAACAAAGCUAAAAUCUGCAGAACAAAAGGGCAAGAGUGGUUCUUCGUCAAAGAAAAUGAAGCAGAUGACUUUACUGGACAUGAAGAUGAAACCUGGAAACAAGACACCGACAUCUUCCCCCAGUAAGCCAGCUGCACCCCGCACACCUUCCAUCGUCGUGAGGUUGAAGAGGGCAAUGAAAGAAAGUAAGAAUAAAGAUGACAAGCAAAGUAAAGCAAAGGUCACCAAGUUACUGACGCAGUGCACUAAAGAACUCAAAGAAAAUCAAAUGAAAAUUCUUCCGGAAGACAUCCGCGCAAACAUUCAGAGACAGAUUAACAUUCUUUCUUUGAGAGAGAGGCUCAAGAAUAUGUCACAGGAAGAAAAGCGGGAUUACUUUAAAAGCAAACAGAAAGAAAAAAGAGACGAACGAAGGGAGUUGGAUAAGAAAUUUGAUGAUAAGGAAUUGGCGAAUUUGGAGCCGCUACCCAUGCCUAAGUUAGUGCAGACACCGGAUGGUCUUCCUAAUGAUUUGUUUGGAGAUGUUGCCAUGGUUACUGAGUUUCUCAACUGCUAUGCCGGACUGCUGAUGCCAGAUGACCCAUAUCCCAUACAUUCAGAUGCCCUGAUGAAGGCACUUGUGGCGGGCCCGGAAGGUUUUGGCUAUCUAUCCCGUAUCCUAGUCAUCCUGCUGCAGACUCUACUCCAAGAUCAGAUUGCUGAUGGUUACAAGGAGCUGAAGCUGGCCUUGUCGGAGAUACCGCUAAACAUGUGCACCGCGUCAGAGCUAGCACGGCUCUGUCUGCGUUGCCACAACAGCAAUGAUGAUGCCAGCGACGACUCGGACGAUACGGAUGAGGAAACCGAUGUGCCCCUACACAUGGUGGAGUUACUAGAGGACAAAGAGUUCCACAGCCUAGAGGCAGAGCAGAAGCUGCAGCUUCUCGUGGCGCUCUGCAACCGCAUCAUGUCUUCUUACUCGGUCAUCAACUACAUGGAGGAGAAGCAGCAGGCCGCUCAUGAGCUCUGGCAACAGAAAUAUACAGACAGGCUGGAGCAGAAACAAGAGCGCAUUAAACUGAACCAGAAAAACAUGGAGCAGGCUUCGAAGGAGGGAAAUGUUCAGAACAGUGCAAACGGCACUUCUCCAACAGAUGAACAGAAGGAAGCCAAAACUCCCGAGGAGGAGAGUGCGGACACCAAGAGCAAGGAGAAGCCAAACGGGAAAAAAGACAAAGUGGACAAAGGAUUGACGUUGAAGCACUUCUAUGGGGCUAACGAUGUGACCGAAUUGAAGGAAGCUGCUAAAGACACCGAGGGGCCUGAUGAUAAUCCCGAAGAUUUGGCUUCAGUUGUGAGAAGGCGACGGGUGCUGGCACAGAACCAGAAGUUAGAGAAAGAGCGGCGAGAGAUGGAGUUGAAGGAAAGAGAAAAAGAGUAUCAGGCUGAUAAGAAAGAAAGGGCAAAAAAGAAAGCAUUUGAGGAUGUAACUGGCUUAGCAAAGCUGGUUAUGAGAAGGAAACCGGUGGGAACAGAUCGAAACCACAACCGCUACUGGAUUUUCAACAUGAGUUUGCCUGGUCUGUACAUCGAGAAAGGUUGGGUGCAGGAUUACAUCAAUUACACCAUCAACAAAGAAGAUAGACAAGAGGCAGAUGAAGAGGAUUCUGAGAAUUUGGAAUCAACUUCAAGUAAAGUCAUUCCGAUAUACUCUGUGGAGACGAGCACUCCCGCGACCAGCCAGAACCUUUGGUUUGUGUACGACACCCAGAAGGAGAUUGAUGUGCUGAUAGAACACCUGACAAACAAGGGUCUCCGUGAGUCGAAGCUGAAGAGAGAUCUCACAAAUAAAUACGAUGAGCUUAUCAAAGUCAUUAGUGUUGGAAAAAGGCAGCCGACGGUACUGCGGGACUCCGACGGAGACCGGGAGCUCCUGGAAGCAUUCAGACAAGAGCUUCUAGAGACCGAGGUCAAGGUCAGCCAGGGCGGGCUUGGUGGCGUGCCGAACACCGAGAAGUGGGAGGAGGAACUCUGUGCCGCCACUUCGUUGAAAGACCUGGGUGCUUGCCUAAUCAAGUGUCAGAAGUCGAUUCUGCCGAAGUUUGUCACUUGGAAGUUCCAAAGCACGAAGUCGGAGAAUUUAACCAAAGAGGAGCAGGAUGAAGGGGAAUUAAAUGAUUCUUUGGAAAAACAAAAAGAUGUAGAGAUGAAGACCAAUGGCAAGAAUAGGUGGCAGGAGGAGGUCGAGAAUUGUACCACGCUGUCCCGCCUCCACGUAUUGCUCGGGAUAGUAGAUGCCUCAAUCAAAUGGGAGAAAUCGGCAAAAAAUGCAAAUUGCAAGAUCUGCCGCAAGAAGACCGAUGCAACUGAGAUUCUACUUUGUGAUGAAUGUAACCAUGGCUACCAUAUCUACUGCCUCCGGCCUGCCCUAAGCAAGAUACCCAAGGGCGACUGGCUCUGCCCAGCUUGCGUGCCGAUCUCGCAACGUGCCUGCUCACGACGUGUCAUCAACUACAACGAGUCCAGCGGUACGCUCGAUAACGACUCCAGUGAAGACGACAACGACAGUGACUACCAGGAUCACGAUGACCAUUGCCAGGAAUGUGGUGAAGAUGAGGGAGAGUUGGUGCCCUGCGCCACCUGUUCAUCGGCUUAUCACAAGGAGUGUCACGACCCCCCACUACGCAACACACCUAGGUACAGGUGGAGGUGUUCAGCCUGUGUCUCAGGCCAAUCCAAGAGAAAAUCUAAAGCAGCCGCAAAGAGAAAAAUGGCAGCGCAGAGGCGGACCGAAAAGGAAGAUCAAACAAAAAAGAGUUCACGCACUUCCUCAGAUUCAGUACCACUUAAGACUUCGAUAGCCAAACUAGAAACUUCCAGAAGAACAAAAGGACAAGGGAAAAGCAUCGAGAAAUCAGAAGAAGUGAUUCCUGAAUCUAGGGCAUCUAGGUUAGAAAGAAGACGAAAGCUGUCUCUAGAAGAUAAAGAUGAGCUUCCUCAAACUAGGCAAUCCCGGGCAUUAAGAAGAAAGCAGUCGUCAGAAGAUGAGGAGGAGGUUGAGCUUCCUCUAUCAAGGCGAUCUAGGUCAUCUAGAGGACAAAAGCAAUCACCAGCAGAAAAUCUAGAGGAGGAGAUAGCUAUAUCAAGAACCUCUAGAACGACAAGAGGAAGUAAGCUGUCUUUUGAGGAUGGAAAAAUUGAUACUCCAAGCUCCAGCAUCACAAAAGUAGCGUCAGACAAAGAAGAUAUGACGCCUAGAAAGAUUUUGAGACCGAGAAAGGAGCAGGUGACAGAAGAGACGGGCCCCCAUUCACCGAGGGGUAGGAGCAGUAGGUCUCUUAAAAAGAAUGAAGUCGAAACAGAGGAGUCGGAGGAUACUGCAUCUACACCAGUGAGAAGUUCUACCGGCCAAUCGACAGAGGGUACCACGUCGCGUAGUAGGAAGCGGCAGCGGUCUGAUGCAGUGUGUAAUGGCAAUGCCAACAGUGAAGACCAUGCACCUGCGGCAAAGCAGCUUAGGUCACGGGAAUCCAUGGAUGCCAAUCGGCAACAGGUGUGUGCAGACUUGCUCGCAAGCGUAUUCAGCAAGAGGUACUCGUGGCCGUUCACGAAGCCUGCUGAUCUGCCUUCCCGUUCGAAGAGCAACAGCCUUGUGAGAAAGCUCAUGACACUACAGGAGGUCAAGCAACAGCUCAACGAUGGCACUUACAGCAAGCCAGAGGAAUUCUUUAAAGACGUCACGCUCGUCUGUGAUAACUUGGCUCGAUAUUUUGAGGGAGAAGAUGGAGAACAAUUGAUCUGUAUAACAAAGACAAGAAAAUUCUUCAUGGACCAGGUGCGACAAUGUUUUCCAACAAGCACAUUCCUAAAAAGUUGUAUGUAGUGAUGUUCAUAUGUAUAUUCCUGUAUAAUCCUAACUCCUAUGAUGUUUUUUGGCAUUUAGUAACUUGUUGUACAUAGAAUCAGUGUCCAGUCUGUGUCUGUGGGCAUUUGUCUUUUGCCUAAGACUCGUUUUUGGAACCAUGUUAUAAAUAACCUUUGAGUCCAGUCAGUCUAUAUUAAUUAGGAGACUACCAGCUCUUUUACACUUUUUACACAGAAAAGUAAUAAUAGUAAAUACAUUAUUGGGUGUGCGAUGCCAACUACUACAUCUACUAACACUUUGAAUGGGUCUAAAACUAAAGGAGAUUUGGUAGAUUUAGAUAGCUCACUAGCUGGCAUGCACGGAUGAAGAAUAUUUUAUAUAACCAGUACUAGCAAUCAGAAGGUUCAAAGACAGCCAGUGAAGUCUAGAAUGACAAACCUGCUGUAUGUUAACAGUAAAUCUUUGGAUACAUUCUGAAAAAAGCUUGCAAAAUUAAUGGGAUAUUUUCAGUUCAGAAUGGAUGACGCUGUGCUAUCUUUGAUAACGUGGAAGUGAGUUUCUGAUAUUAGUAACCUAGUACUGACGAAAAUGCUAGAAGUUGUCAAUUCAACGUUAUUCCGGGCCAUCGCUAUGGUCAUUUCGUACCUGCCACCACUGUAAACUAUUUAGAAUAUUUCCACAUGCAUGAUAUUAUAACUUUGUUGUAUAGUAGUAAGCUAAUGUGUUAUUAUAUAUAUUAAAUCACGGGACUAUUAAACUUUAAAAUUUAGUUUUUGUGUUGACUCCAAAUAUUUUAUCAAACAGAUGUAAUACACGAGUGGAAAAUGUGAAGUUUUUUCCAGAUUUCUAUUGGUACAUUACACACGAAUAUAGAGAUGAGGUCUCAAAGCUGCAUAUCGCAUGCAUAUUUUCUCCGUGCCCUGUCCGAGCAAAUGUUGCCCUUUCAUAGACAGAUAGUAGGCCUACACAGUGAUAGUUGACUUGCUAAUAUGUCAUUUCGUAUAUUUAAUUGUUUCGUGAGAUCGUGUGUAUUUUAAUGACAUGUUCGAGUACAGGCACAUAAUAAAGGGUUUAUGUACAUUUAAAAUUGA